ACCACCAUGGCUGCUGCCGGACCGGCGGAGGCCGCGCUGCGGGACGCUGCCAUGUCUGGCUCUGCCUGCAGGACGCGCCGGACAAAGCCAGGGACUGUGCACCGGACAGCGGCCGGGACCCCCGAAGAAGCCUGCUAUCUGCCGGAGAUGGCUGUGUCCGAGCCCAAGGACCGCGCCGCGGGAUCAGUAACAUUCAAAGACGUGACUAUGGCCUUUACUCAGAAGGAAUGGGAACAGUUAGAUCCGGCUCAGAAGACUCUCUACAAGGAUGUGAUGCUGGAGAACUAUAGCAAUCUCGCCUCUGUGGAAAAAGCCCAGAAAGAAGAUGGACAGCUCGAAAAUCAGAAAUCUCAAAACAAACUCCUUAUGGAAGUUGCAGUCAAGAAAAAAUCCUUAACCAAGAAGAAAGGCCAGGAAUGUAGUUCACUGGGGAAAAAGCAUGUGGGUACAAAACAUGUUUCUUCAAAGAAAAAGUUGCUUAAAUUUGAUUCACAUGGAAAGAAUUUGAAGCAGAAUUUAGAUGUACCUGGUCACAGAAGAAAUCAUGCAAAAAAGAAACCUGAUGUAACUAAGGAGCACAGGAAAACAAUCAGCAAUAACUUAUCCGAUAUAAAGAAAGGCAAAAAUCAAACUGAAAAAAAACCUAAGAAAUUACCCAAACAUUGUUCAACUAAUAAGUGUGACAAAACUCAGUCCGGCAAGAAACAUGAGAAAUUAGCUGGUCAUUGUCCAUCCAGUCCUAAGGGAGACAAAAUUCAAACUGGAGGAAAAAAAGAGAAAUCUUCUAGAUGUAGUUCAUCUUCUAAGCGUGACAAAACUCAAACUAAAGUGAAAUCCUAUAAAUGUAAUCAAUGUGGGAAGCUUCUCAGCCAUAAGCAAGGACUCAUUGACCAUCAAAGAAUACAUACUGGGGAGAAACCAUACGAAUGUAAUGAAUGUGGAAUAGCUUUUGGCCAAAAGUCACACCUUGUUGUACAUCAGAGAACUCACACUGGAGAAAAACCAUAUGAAUGUGAUAAGUGUGGUAAAGCCCAUGGUCACAAACAUGCCCUCACUGACCAUCUAAGAGUUCACACUGGGGAAAAGCCCUAUAAAUGUACUCACUGUGGGAAAACUUUCAGACACAGUUCAAACCUCAUUCAACAUGUGAGAUCUCAUACAGGUGAAAAGCCCUAUGAAUGUAAGGAAUGUGGAAAAUCUUUUAGAUAUAACUCAUCUCUGACUGAACAUGUGAGAACGCAUACAGGCGAAAUACCCUAUGAAUGUAAUGAGUGUGGAAAAGCCUUUGCAUACAGUUCAUCACUUACUAAACAUAUGAGAAUUCACACAGGUGAGAAACCCUUUGAGUGUAAUGAGUGUGGGAAGGCUUUUAGCAAGAAGUCACACCUAAUUAUACACCAAAGGACUCAUACGAAGGAGAAACCGUAUAAAUGUAAUGAUUGUGGGAAAGCCUUUGGGCAUAGCUCAUCUCUGACGUACCACAUAAGAACUCACACCGGGGAAAGUCCUUUCGAAUGUAAUCAGUGUGGGAAGGCCUUCAAACAAGUCGAAGGCCUAACCCAACACCAGAGAGUUCAUACUGGGGAAAAGCCCUAUGAAUGCAAUGAAUGUGGUAAAUCCUUUAGCCAAAAGUCACAUCUCAUUGUACACCAGAGAACUCAUACUGGGGAGAGACCCUAUGAGUGUAACGAAUGUAGGAAAGCCUUCAGCGCCAAGUCACAGCUGGUUAUACAUCAGAGAUCCCACACAGGAGAGAAACCCUUUGAAUGCAGCGAAUGUGGUAAAGCGUUCAAGCAAAAUGCGUCCCUUACCAAACAUCUGAAGACUCAUUCUGAAGAGAAAUCUCAUGGUUAAAAUUAUUGUGCCACCUUUUUUUUAAAAAAAAAAAACUGAAUUGAAGGUUUUAUUUAACCUUAGAAACAUUCUGAACUUCAGGAUGUUAGAAUGUCUCUAAGAGGCUGAAGAGAUCAUGCAGGGGCUAAGGUGCUUGCCUGGCAUGCAGCUGAUCUGGUGUGAGCCCCUGGACCUCAUGUGGUCCCUGAGAGCAUUUCCAGGAGUGAUCCCUGAGCACAGAGCCAUGAGGAACUUCGAGCAUUGCCAGGUGGGACUGAAACCUGCCACCCCAAAACCAAAAAACUCAAAUAUCUCUAAAUAGAAAUCAUAGCUUAUUCCGUGUGAGAGAAUUUGAAAAUAGUUCUUCAUGUAGACACAGUGGAAUGAGAAUUUAAACUUGAUACCAAAUCUUUUGUAGAAAAUGUUAUUUUCAAAGCACUCAAUUACUAUAUAUAUGUUUAGAUAGAAAUAUGAGAUUUAAAAAUUUGUAAAUAAAUUGAAUGAUUAUAGAAGUAGAUGAACAGAUGACACAUGUUGAUAAUUCUUAUAGUCUGUAGGUGUUGCUAUUAAGUGUACAUGAGAAUUGGUCAUGCUUAUCUCUAUUGCCUUGUGAGGCCAUUCAUAUAAUCCUUUUCUUUGCUAUUACACUCAGGUCUCUUAUUUCCUUUUUAUAUACUUCAUCAGUCAAAUUUAUGUAAAAAUGUUUGCACAAAAUAAAAUGGAAAUCAAAGAAGACAACAAGUAGAGAAUGAUGUCCAAAUAUGUUAAGUGAAAAGGCUGGUGGUUGAGCCAUCUACAUACUAUAUUUCCUUUGUGUAUAAACUGUAUCUGUUCUGUAUCUCUUUGUAAAAUAUCUGUAUGUAUUAAUGUAUGUAUACAUGUAUUUAUAUGUGACUGGGCUCUAUUUGAAAAAAAAAUAGACGUGGUUGCCAUUGACAUUGGAGCUACUGACCCUGGUUCCAUCUUCAGCACCACAAACGGUCCCCUGAGAACUACCAGCAGUGUUCCCUGUUUUGUCAUAUACAUGUGUUUUCACAGUACAAGUUUUAAUAUGCAUAAAUCAAUACUAUGUUUUUUUUCACUUGGCUCUCUCUAUAAUUCGAAAAAUUUCUCAUGCCUCUUCAUGAACUAAACGUGAAUAAAUUACUUUUGGUAGCAACUGCAAGUACUUUUAUUAAA